GGCGUGAGACAGUGCGUAGACAUGGCUGAGAUAUUGUUAGAUCCAAAAUCACACACACAUCAAGUUUCGAUGAUGAGAUUCCUCUUGUCUCCUCUUCCCAUGCAUUCAUAUAAAAGGGCAACAGAUGCCCAUGAAAGCCAGCCAGGUUUGAGAGUUUCAAUUCUAAAGCUUAAUAAGCUACAGCUUCUCUCUCUUCUUCAAAAAAUUCUCAGACAAUUACGAUGGCUUCAACCAUGUUCCAUGGUCGUUCUGACAGUUUACCCUCCAGACCACACCCUCUCAUGUCCCAGUUGGAUGAACACAUCUGCAGACUGAGGGCUUCUGAAGCUACUUCUACUUCAUCAACAUCAAUUUCCCACAAGCUUGAUGGGCUUCAAGAUCUCCAUGACUGUGUCGAUAAAUUGCUUCUGUUGCCUCUGACUCAACAGGGAUUAGCCCAAGAGAACAAUCGCAAGUGGGUUGAUGAGUUACUCGAUGGAUCUCUCAGACUUCUUGAUGUUUGCAACUCUGCCAAGGAUGCAUUGUUGCAGACUAAGGAAUACACACUGGAGCUUCAAUCCACCAUUCGCAGAAGACAAGGUGGCGAAAAUGGUCUUGCAAUUGAGGUUAAGAAAUAUCUGACCUCAAGGAAUAUGGCAAAGAAGGCUAUCAAAAAGGCCUUGACCAAUUUGAAGGGCUUAGAGAACAAAUGGUCUGUCUCUUGUAUCGACAGUGGAAAUGAGAUUGCAACUUUGGUUGCUUUGUUAAGAGAGGUUCAAGCAAUCACUCUUUCUGCGUUGAAAUCCUUCAUGUCCUUCAUCUCUGGGCCAAAGACGCAAUCCAAAUCAAGCCACUGGUCCUUGGUCUCGAAGCUUGUCCUCCAUAGAAGGAUAGCAUCUGAGGAAGAUGAAAUGGAGGAGAAUGAAUUUGUAAUGGCGGAUGCUGCAUUGGAAUCUCUUGUGGGAUGCAAGGCUGCUUGCAAAUAUGAGAAUUACAUGCUUAUGGAGAAUGUUCAAAAGCAUCUUAAGGAUUUGGAGAUGUGCAUUCAAGAUCUUGAAGAUGGAACUCAAAGCCUCUUCAGGCGUAUGAUCAAAACAAGAGUUUCCUUUCUUAAUAUUUUGAAUCAGUAAAUAGUGAAGAGCUAUAAUUGUACAUCAACUAUCUAUGUUCUUGUAUAAAUCUAAUUAGAUUCAAAAAUUCCAA